UCCGUCUCAGUUUAUCUCACGGACUGUGUCUGCAAUGCGUUAUCUCUCUCCCCAAAGAUUACACAGUUUUCCGAACGAAUUCGUGACCGACUCGACGGAGCAGCGCCGAUUUUCCUCCGUAAGUCAAACCUUCAGCGGGCAAACUGCAGGAGUGAGGUUUUAAUUCACAACUCUGGGCGCAAUCUCUGCUCCGAGUGCAGGAAGAGCCAGACGGAUCAUAAACAGCUUGCUGCUGGGAUUAUUCUGUAUUUUACACCGGCUGCUGGAGCUCACCCUGCUGUGGCCAUGAGUGCGUGCAGCAGAAAGGCCCUGACUUUGCUGAGCAGUGUCUUUGCAAUCAGUGGCCUGGGGCUGCUGGGAGUGGCAGUGAGCACCGACUACUGGCUCUACCUGGAGGAAGGAGUCAUUAUGCCUCUGAACCAGAGCACUGACAUCAAGACCUCGCUGCACUCUGGCCUCUGGAGAGUCUGCUUUCUGGCUGGUGAUGAGUCAGGUCGGUGCUUCACCAUCGAGUACAUCAUGCCAAUGAAUGUCCAGCUGACGUCAGAGUCCACAGUGAACGUGCUCAAGAUGAUCCGUUCAGCCACUCCGUUCCCUCUGGUCAGCCUCUUCUUCAUGUUCAUCGGUUUUGUCCUCAACAACAUCGGCCACGUCCGCCCUCACCGCACCAUCCUGGCAUUUGUCUCUGGAAUCUUCUUUAUCCUCUCAGGUCUGGCUUUGGUGGUGGGCCUGGUGCUGUACAUUUCCAGUAUAAAUGAUGAAAUGCUGAACAGGACGAAGAGCAGUGAGGCCUAUUUUGCCUAUAAGUACGGCUGGUCCUUUGCCUUUGCUGCCCUCUCCUUCCUGCUCACUGAGAGCGCCGGCGUCAUGUCGGUCUACCUGUUCAUGAAGCGCUACGCAGCAGAGGAGCUCUACCAGCCCCGCCAUCCCAGCUUCUACCGUCCUCGCCUCAGCAACUGCUCCGACCACUCUGGUCAAUUCCUCCACCCGGAGGCCUGGUCACGCGGACGGAGCCCCUCGGACAUCUCGAGUGAAGCUUCCCUUCAGAUGAGUACCAGCUACCCUGCUCUCCUCAAAUGUCCUGACUAUGAUCAGGUGUCCUCUUCGCCCUGCUGAGGGGCGGUUAUUAACCUACCAGUUAAUAAAGAGUCACCGAGGCAUUGUCAAAAGGCCAGAGUUUAAGAUACAAGGUUGAUAUUUAACUGUGAGUUUGCACCAUUAUGACCGUGGUCAAGGGAUUUGGAAACCAGUCAUUUUCAGCAAG